AAUAUCUUACUUAUGAUAUGAAGUACAUGGGAGAGCUUGGAUGUCACUUUGAAGUUUAUCGCAAUGAUGAAUUAACAGUGGAUGAACUAAAAAGGAAAAAUCCUAGAGGAGUCUUGAUCUCCCCAGGGCCAGGGGCACCCCAAGAUUCUGGAAUAUCAUUGCAAACUGUGUUGGAGUUAGGACCCAUUGUCCCCUUGUUUGGUGUGUGUAUGGGUCUGCAGUGCAUUGGGGAGGCUUUUGGAGGGAAUGUUGUUCGUUCUCCUUAUGGUGUUGUGCAUGGGAAGAGCUCUCCCGUGUAUUAUAAUGAGAAGGAGGAAGACAGCUUGUUUGCUGGACUAUCAAACCCUUUCACUGCUGGCAGAUAUCACAGUCUUGUAAUUGAAAAGGACAGUUUUCCUAGCGAAGAACUUGAAAUUACAGCAUGGACCGAGGAUGGACUGAUAAUGGCUGCUCGUCACAAGAAAUAUAGGUAUCUUCAGGGUGUCCAGUUCCAUCCUGAAAGUAUUAUCACUUCCGAAGGCAGGACAAUCGUUCGCAACUUUGUAAAACUGAUCGAGAAAAGUGAGUCGGAAUCUGAGAAUAACUAGAGGUUUGGUUUGUCUACACAGUGUAAUGUAAUGUAUCGGAUCAAUAUAUAUUUAUGGGCCUUUAAGUCAGCUCGCUAGUGAAUCAGAAGUUGAUCAUGUUUCUCGUCUACUCUUUCAAUGUACUUCAUCACAUGUAGACAUGUAGUAUUUCAACUCUAUUAUAGUAUUAUCAAUCCUUCCAUAACUUCCUGAAGAUAA